AUGUCCAACAACCCCAAUGACCAUGCCCAUUCGGCGUCCAGCCUUAUCAGCGAAUCAAAGAACCCUCCAGCUCGAGAUCAAGCCUGGGUCCACUCUCGUACAAUGUCCAUGCCAGAUAUCCAUCGCCUCAAACGAGAAUGGGAGCUAUAUCAAAAGAGUGCUGACAAUUCACACGUGAUGGAGGCAGGCAAAUUGCAGAUUGAUCUACUUAAUAUUCGCACUGAACCCAAGUACAAACGACCGUUGAUGCGGAUAAAGAUGGGAUCUGCUCAGUAUUACUCUUCUCGCUCAACAAAGUGGACAGGCGAUUGGAAUGAAGGCUUCAUUUUCGUGGUCACUUAUCAUGCGCAAUUAUUCGACACCAUUGAUUUUGAUUUGUAUGACAAGCCAAAGAAGCACUUGUUUGCCAAAAACCUUCAUGUCGCUAAGGCUAAGCUCAAGAUAUCCAAAUUGCAAGGUCAUGAUGAUGUCUUUGUCAUGUUCCUUCCACUCUAUGAAUAUCAUGCGAAUCGAUCAUUGCCUGAGGACGUCAAAGAUACUAUCACAGACACCAAUUUGCUCCAUAUGGCCGAGGCAUCGGGUCGAAUUAUGCACAAGAAACUCAUCGGCUCAAUACAAAUUCGGAUACGUUAUCAUUUUCAACGUCCUGAUGAAGUAUCGGUGCCCAAUCCAUCCAGAGGACGCUGCUUUUCCUAUAACCGUAUUGAAGAUGAUGAUCCCGGCAAUAGCGACCUUGAUGAACAAAGCCGUAUUUUCCACUUGCCCCUAGCACAACUUGUCAACUCGCGGCCCGAUGUCGAUUACAAUCCACCAGCAGCACACAAUGCAUCAUUAUCAACCAUUGCAUCUACAGGAGGUGUAGCACCCACACGGAGAGGAUCCACCAGAAGGAAAGAAUCGGCUGCGGAUACGAGGAACAAUAACAGCAACAACAACAAUAACAAUGCAGCUAUUUCUCAGCAUGGCCGAGGUGAAUUGGCACAAGACCAAAGAGUGGUGGAUGAUGAAUUUCGUGACAGACUUACCCACAUCAUGAGUACGAAUGUUCCUGGAUCGAAUGCAACCUUACUCCAACAACAAUCACCCGUUGACAGCUACGUUAAUCAUGGGAAUAUGCGCAAACGACAUCAGCCAUUAUUUCAAUCCACUGCAUUUCUUCAGGCGUUAUCAGAUCGGAUAUGUCGUUGUUUUGAACCUAAGGCAAAGUCAUCUAAUCGUGGUCAACGCUAUGGAUUUUCUCAAAACGAUUCUUCUGAUCAUGCUUUUUGGAACCGCCCGAGCAAAGAAGAGGAUGAUAUCGAAGAAGAGCAAUUGGACAGGAAGUCUGGAAAGUUGAUGUCAAAGAAAAAAGGACGACGGCGACGACGACGUGAUCGGAUCAAGGAUGGUGCCACACGACGUGCACGACACAUUAUCCAUAGUGUCAAUUUCGGCGACAAGAAUUUCGCUUCCCAGUGGAUGCAGGACACAUUUGAUGACGUUGCCAUAUCUCAUCCAGCCUUUGAUCGAUUGGUGGGCCUUGUUGUCAGUAGUCAAACCCGUACUCUCGUACGAUCGAUUAUUAAGCUUGCGAAUGCUUUUGGACAAGGAUUCAAGGUCACGAGCUUCCGAUUGCUGAAAGGAAUUAUUCUUCUCGAACGAUAUUACAAGUCUGUACACAAACCUUCUCCAGGACCACCUGUAAAAGAUCCACGCAUUAUUGAUGAUGGUUGUCAUUAUUUUGGCUAUGCCCUGAUGGCUUAUGGAUGGCGAGGUCUUUUCUAUCUAGGAUCAUAUGGAGAAUUUAUUCGACAGGCGAGACAUCGGCGAUCCAACAAGUACGCUAUUAUUCGUUACCUUCAGCUUCAAUCAGAGGAUCUACUUGGAUAUGAAUAUGGUCUUCGAAAGGGUGCAGUGUUUCAACCGAGCUAUUUCGUUGCGAUUGAUCGUACGCGUCAAGCAAUUGUAUUGAGCAUUCGUGGUACCUGGAGUUUAUACGAUGCGAUCACGGAUUUGGUGUGUGAAUACAAACCUUUCAAAGGUGGUCUUGUUCAUGCAGGCAUGCUCGCCUCAGCCCAAUGGUUUUACACCAAUAUUAUCCCUCAAAUAUUUCGAUACAUCCACCAUCACGCAAAGGAGCUGCGAUCUUUCAUCAUCACUGGGCACUCGUUAGGAGGUGGUGCUGCAAGUUUAUUGACCAUGCUGGUAUCCGAACAUUUGGAGGAAUUACGGAAGCUUUCCAACAAUCCUUCCUUUCAAUUGCACUGCUACAGCUAUGCACCGGUUGCUUUGAGCUCUCGGGAGUUGAAUGAACGAUACGACCAGUAUAUCCAUAGCUUCAUUGUCCAAGAUGAUGUGGUUGGCCGAUUAUCAUAUGGCACAGCAAUGCAACUCAAGGAGUUGCUUAUGGACACUAUCAGCGCUUACGAGACAUUGGGUGGAUGGUACAAGGUCAUGACGGAUCCCGAAAAACGAAAGCUAUGCUUCAACAUUCUCGAUCGACGACGUGAGCGUAUCAUCAACAAUACAGAUCAGCUUUAUCCCUUGCUCUAUAUUCCAGGCAAGAUUGUGUAUAUCCGACGCGUACGAGAACGUCGAUUUAUGCGAGUGAACAAGUAUCCGUCAAGAGCAUCGACCAUUGUUUCUUGGAAAGCCAUCAGUCUUCGACGUCGAUUAGGAAAGAAAGCCAAAUCCAAAGCGAGACAAGUAUCAGACAAGAUCCCUGGAGUGACAAGGAAUCGAUUCACAGCACACGUUGGUUCCUGCCAGCUCUCAAGCGAGAUGUUUAUUACAAAGUCAUGCAUCGAAGAUCAUAUGCUUGAAAGUUAUCAGAACGCCUUUGAUCAAUUACGAGCCACCCAUGGUCAACCUUCAUAA